UUUCCUUUUGCUGUCCACAAGCAAGAUGCCAGGCGUCACAGUGAAAGACGUUAACCAGCAAGAGUUCGUCCGCGCUCUGGCGGCCUUCCUAAAAAAGUCAGGAAAGGUAAAGGUGCCUGACUGGGUGGACAUUGUUAAGCUGGCCCGCUUCAAGGAGCUGGCUCCUGUGGAUGAUAACUGGUUUUACAUUAGAGCUGCAUCCACAGCACGUCACUUGUACCUGCGCGGUGGCGUCGGUGUGCUUUCCAUGACCAAGAUCUACGGCGGCCGCAAGAGGAACGGCGUCUGCCCGUCCCACUUCAGCCGGGGCUCCAAGAACGUGGCACGCAAAGUGCUGCAGUCCCUCGAGUCUCUCAAGAUGGUGGAGAAGGACCCCAACGGUGGCCGCAGACUGACCUCCCAGGGCACCAGAGACUUGGACCGCAUUGCUGGCCAGGUUUCAGCUGCAAGCAAGAAGAUAUAAAAUAAAAUCACUUUUUUGAGAAACUUGA